CUCUGGAAUUUGGACCGGUUCCAGGCCUGAUGUCCGGAAACUCAUCCUUAUGGAUAGUAAAUUUAAAGAGGCUGGAUGCCAAGGGGGGAGCAUGGUAAAGACAGCAUCUUUCCAGGAUCCAUGGGCUCUUUGAGAGAUGAUCAGAGGGAGGCCAGAUGACCUGCAGAACACGCACGCCACUGUUCCUCGUCCGCAACGGCAGCAUCGGAGUGUCCUCCCCAGCCCUGCACCAUCCAGCUUGCCCGCUCGCUUCCGUAUGUUCCGCAGCUGCGAGUGGGAGGUCCUGGAGCGAUCCCUCAAUAUCCUUCAGGCCAGCGACUUCUACUGGGGUCCCUUGUCGGUGGGGGAGGCUCACGCCAAGCUCCAGCAGGAGCCAGUCGGCACCUACCUGGUACGGGACAGCUCUCAGGGGAACUACCUGUUCAGCCUGAGUGUGCGGAUGCCGACGGGGCCUGUCAGCCUUCGGAUCUCUUUCCAGGAAGGUUAUUUCCGCCUGAAGAACUGGUUUUCAGACUGCGUGGUCCGGCUCCUGGAGCUGGUGGUGGCAGGGACCCGGAACAACCCCUUGCAUUUUGAGAUGGGGGGGACGCCACUGGUGUUCUCGGAGCCGCUGUGCCGGAGCCGCCGGACAGUGCCCACGCUGCAGGAACGGUGCCGCCAGCGCCUGCCCGAGGGCUGUGGGAGCCUGCCUGCCGCGCUGGGGCAAGGAGCGGGCCCCUCCAGGGUGCACUCGAGGCAGCGGGCGACUUCUCCCCUCAGUGGGAGGAGAGACUCGGAGCGGAGUCCCGUCCCUUGCCCCUCUCCAGCACGGGCUGGGAGAUGA